AGUAUCGCUGGUUUUGUUAUGUGUCAUCGGAACAGUGGGAGGCAACAUCCUGUCAAGUUAGAAGAGUCUGUCUUGAUUUGUUUGUUCUCGUUAAAUGCUGGGAAAUUGUUUGACUCACUCAUUAUGUGUCAUUCCUAAACGCAAGUAGGUUUCAUCUAAUCUAACAAAAUGCACAGACGCAGGACGAGAAACAACUUCACUUACGUUAGUUCGUGCGUGAAGUACAUGAUAUUCUUACUGAAUUUCGUUUUUUGGCUUUUUGGAGGUCUUUUGAUUGGAGUUGGUCUGUACGCCUUUGUUGAUAAAUGGCAAGCAACAGGUCUUAUUAAAGUUGAAACAAUAUACGAUGUUGUUUUAAAUAUAUCUCUUGUUAUGGUCAUCGCUGGCGGAGUCAUUUUCAUAGUGAGCUUUGCUGGGUGUGUUGGAGCUCUACGGGAGAACACUUGCCUUUUAAAAUUCUACUCCCUGUGUCUACUCGUCUUUUUCCUUCUAGAAAUGGCGAUUGCUAUCAUGGGUUUUGUGUUCCCUCACACCAUGCAGUCUGUUUUGGAAGAAUCUUUUACAGAUAAAAUAAUUCACACCUACAGGGAGGAUGCAGAUCUACAGAAUUUAAUUGACUUUGCACAACAGGAGUUUAAAUGUUGUGGUCUCAGCUCAGAAGGCUACAUGGAUUGGUCAAAAAAUGAAUAUUUUAACUGUUCCUCGCCCAGUGUUGAACGCUGUGGUGUGCCAUUCUCCUGCUGCAUGAAUGCUACAGAUAUCAGUAGUGGGCUUAUUAACAUAAUGUGUGGCUAUGGCGUCCAAGAACUCUCGGUUGCAGAAGCUAGUAAGAAAGUGUGGACAAGUGGCUGCAUAGAAAUUGUGCGUUCCUGGGCAGAAAGAAAUUUAUACACCAUCGCAGGCAUUGCUUUGGGCAUAGCUUUAUCCCAGCUGUUUGUUAUAUACCUGGCAAAAACAUUGGAAGGACAAAUAGAAAUGCAGAAAUCUCAGUGGAAUACAUGAAAUAUUGCCUACCGCCUCGGAUGAAAUAUUCGGUAGGUAUAUCUCUGUUAUAAAAAACCAAAAAUCUAUUUACAAGGACCAUUUAUGCCGGCCAUAAAACUUUGCCUGUGUAACUGUGUGGACAAUACUGGAAGAAGUUAAUUACCGUAGCGUCUGCUGUGUGCUUCUUCUGAAAAGUGAAAAAUAAUAGUAAGCUUGUAAAUAUGAUGAUCCGUUUUGUGUAUAGACUAAACUGUUUCAAGCUUGUAAAAUUUAAAGUAUUAUGUUUGCAUUGAAAAGCAUUGUAUUAUUAAUAAGCACAUAGACCCAUGGAAGAAUCCUUGUUAACAAAGUUUGAAACAGUGACUUGACUGAAUCCAGUCUAGCAAAACUUGAGAUUUGCAUGACUAAGAUUAGUUGUUUACAAGAUAGUGCACACAAAGAAAGGAAAGAAGAAUGAAACGAGAGGAUCACAAGAAAUUUCCAAUAUUGAAUUUUUUUAAGAGAAAGGGUGUGUGUUUGCUUGUGUUUAUGGGACGGAAAGUCUUGUUAUUUUACUAUUAGAAAUGCACAGAAGAUAAAACGUCCUUGUGAUUGACCCGUAGGGGAAAAGUAUGAAAUGGUGGAACUUCUUGAUAUCUCCUAUAGCAAGACAUACUGCCCUGUUAAACUCGUUAACUACAUAAUGUGCCUCUAACCCAGAUUCUUUAGCAUUUCAGAAAUAGCCACCUAAUGUUUCUGACAGCUGGGUAAUUAUUCAAUAUUUCAUUGAGACUCAGACAGUUACUGUCUUAUUGACUGAACAUUUUUUUAAACUCUGUCUAUACCAUUUUGUUGAAUGGCUUCACAAAUGUAAGAACUUAAGUAUACCAUGAAAUGUAUUAUAUUUGCACAUUUUGUAUGUCAAGAAACUAUCAGUCUUCCUGAAAAAUGUUGUAUCCUUGCAAAUGGAAGACAAGAUAGUCAGUAUGAAAGUGAGGAAGUCAGUUUAAAUUGUGUAAUUUCGAAAUUUUUUGCUUUAAGUGACAGUUGUUGUUUAGAAUCUCAGUACAUUUUACUUGUUUUAUUCAUGUGUGAAGAAAGAAUCUGUAUCCUGAUAAUGUUGAAGUUGCUGAUUGUGAAGAACUGUUUUCGAGAACUAUGCUCUUAAACAGUUACAUAGUUUUUAGUCACUGACUUUAAGAAUCAUGUUCUGUAGAAUCUCAACUAUGUUGCAAUUAAUUUUUAAAAUUAAAUAGAUCUAUUUUUGAAAACUUGUAUCUGCUGUGGAUAAAAUUUCAUGUGUUUUGAAGCAUUCCAGUAUGUUUUUGCUUUACCACAUAUAAAAGAAUACAAAAAUUAAAAAUACAAACUCUGAGCUCUGCAGCCACCUUUUGUAAUAUAUUUUUAAACUUUUAUCCAAAACAUUCCUAUUUAUUGAAUAUUAUAGAGUGUUAGUUAUUGCAAGUCUUGAAUUUUCUGUUGGAGACUUCAAUUUAAAUUAUUACUAAAAUGGUUUGUUUUGAUAAGAACAACCAGCUUUACUAAAGGGUAAUAUUGUUUUCCUAUUGCUGUUUAAUUGUGGUAAUGUACAAAUAUUGCUUGACUUGUUUUCAUAAUAGAUGACUUUUUUCCCCUCAGUAGUUCAUUUCAAAAGUUAUCUGGCUGAAUGACUCACUUUUAGUAUCAGCAUUCUCAUCAAAAACCCUGAAAAAUUUAAUGUUUGUUUCAAAUAAAUUAGAAAAAAGUGAUAGUUCCUUAAGUCCCCACAUUGCAGAAAUAUUAAUAAUAGUACAGUAUUACACUAAAUGAAGUAUCUACUUGUACUUUCUAUUUGUCUGAAAGCAAAUAUCUUCUCCCUACCUGUCUUUCUCUGGUUUCUACUGUGAAUUAUUUCCAAAUUUUUUUUAAAAAAUUGAAAUAUUGUCCUUUUUUUGUUCUUCAUUAUAGGCUACCAUGUCAUCAAUAAAACAUUGUUAAUUUCUUAAUUUGAAUAUCGUCAAAUAGUUUACUGCGGUGAAAUGUGUAAUACUUUGCCAUUCUGAUAAAGGCAUGUGCAUUUUCAAGUUGUCAAGGAACCAGCAAUCUGGCUGGAGGCUUUUCACUGCAAAUUUUCAAAAGCUUUUAAGAUCCUUGGGAAAUCACUGACUGUUGGCUUGUUACUAUAAAGAUGAUACAUAUCACAUGGUAAAAGCAUUUGAAGUCAAAAUUAACUGUCCCCGUUAAAUGUUGUGUGUCAUUUUUGUACAUGACUGCAACAAUAUGUGUUAGUAAAUAAAUUCUGAUUAAUUUACAGAAUA